AUGGAAAUACUUAUAAAAUUAUUGAUACUCUAAUUAAUAAUUAAGGACUUAGUUGAUAUAGCAUUUAUUUGGAAAGAUAGUAAUUUAAUAACCUUUUGUUUGAAUGUAAUCUCUCUCACUAUUGCGAUCAUACUUUUAAUUCUUGAUUAUUGGAAAUUUUCAAUCAUUUAUUUAAAAGUAGGCAUCACGGGAUUGUGUGUAAUUAAUUCUGAAAUUCCAUUUUAAUAAAGAAUUAACUUUGCCAAUGUAGCUUAUUUAGCAUACUCUGCUCUACUUUUAUUAAAGAUUUAUUCAUAAACCUUAUCAACUAGACUUGUUGUUCAUUUUUAAUUACUCUACAUAACCAUAAGAGUUAUAUUUACAUAAUCAAAUUAUGAAUUACAUCCGAUUUUGAUUAUCAUGUUUUUAUAACCAAUCAAUCAUUAUAUUAUGAAAUAUAUACAAUAGGCAAAAUGUUCACAAUAAACUUAAACCUUUGCUUAGCAAGAGUUCAAAUUUAGGUAAACUUAGUUUGAAUAAGAUUAAUUAUUAUCAAGCGAGAGCAAAAGAGAUUUUAUCAAAUAUGAUAUAAAUGAGAGCAUUAUUCUUAAAGCAUUAAAUGGAGAAAUAGAAUCUCCUCAACAAGAACAUAAAUAUAUUGGAAAUAAUAAAGAUGGUAUGGACUAAAGAAUCAUUGUAAAAAAAUAACCGAAUAAUUUACCAGCAACGGUUAUAUCAGAUUCCAUUUAUAAUAUGGAACCAUUAAAAAUUGAGAAAAAUCCUAGUACUAAAUAUUCAGAAAUAGUAUCGAUAAUGAAUAAUCUACCAUUUGGUAUCCUGUUUGUAGAUUAAUCCUUAAAAGUUUUAGAUUUUAACCAAAGAGUAACAUAAUUAUUAGGUCUAUCUAAUUCUGAUGACAUAAUUUCUUUUUUAGAUAAAGCUAUAUAGAGGUAUCUCAAAUUGAUUAUAAAAGCGGAGAUUUUUGUGAAUUCCGAUCAUCAAAAAAAGUAAGAAAACCUUAAAAAUCGCUUAGUAAACGGACAUUCUAAAAAUAACCAUCAAUUAGUCCAUAAAAAAAAUACUUAGAUGAGCAUAUUCCUGAUGUAUUGUCUUAAUACAACAAUAACACAUCAUAAUUUAAAGGAGACAGUGAUGGUAAUAUAGGGAAAAAUCUAAAAUCUAUUUUUUAGAAUUUUAAAAAAAUUCAUUAGAGCCAAUUAACAUCUUUGUCUAGAGACAACUUUCAAUAUAUAAUCAGAAUGGAUAAUAUGAAUUAAUCUAAUGGUAAAAUCAAAUAUAAGAGUUUGAAGCUUAAAAUAUUUUAAUUGGAAGGUUUUGUUUAAUGGGAAUCAGUGGUUUAUUUAUUCUUUUUAGAGAACAUUACGAAAAGGGAAGAAUAUAAAUUAUUGAAUCAUAAAUAUAAGUUCUAAUAAGCUUUACUUAAUUCUUUAUGUCAUGAACUAAGAACACCAAUUAAUGGAACUGUAUCUUAAUUAUAUGCAUUGAAGAAUCAAUUAUCAUAAAGUUUAAUUGAAUCUCAUUUAGAUCCAGCAAUUGUAUCAGCAAAGAGGUUACAAUUUUAAUUGAAUGAUAUUUUAGAUUAUGCUUAAAUUUAAUGUUCAUCUUUAAUUUUAAAUAAAUCCUGUUUCAAAUUAUAGGAAGUCUUUUAAUAACUUUAUGAAUUAUUUAAUUUUGAAUGUGUAUAGAAAAAUAUAAAACUCAUUAUUGAUUAAGCAAAUCAUAUAUCGAUAUAUACAGAUAAAGAAAGAUUAACUAGAAUUUUCAUCAAUUUAUUAGAUAAUUCAGUUAAAUUUACUAAUUAAGGUGGAACCAUUAAAUUAUCAACUGAAAUAAAUCAACUUUAUUAUAAGUUAUAAAUAGAAGAUGAUGGACAAGGAAUUACAGAGGAAAUAAUAGAAAAAAUUGAAGAGUAAGCAGAAUUGCUAUUUCAAGAUUCUUUAGAAUAUAAUUCAAACAAAUUAGGUCUAGGCUUAAGAAUUUCAUAAUAAUUAGCCAAAUAUCUUUAUAAAGAAUAAUUCUUUGAAAUAGAUUCUGUAUAUGAGUAGUAUACAAAAGUGAGUUUUAGAUUAUCUAAUCAGAUAUAGAAUUUUUCAAAUGAAUUUGAAAUUGACAAACAUUAAUUCUCUUAAGUAUCUGAAUGUGAUUGUAGCAAGAUUUUGAUAGUUGAUGAUAUCGGUUGCAAUCAUUUUGCAUUAUAAGUUCUACUUAAAAAAUUCAAAUUAACAACUGAUAGUGCUUAUAAUGGGAAUUCAGCUAUUGAUAUGGUAAAAGUAAAACUAUAGUAAAAAUGUUGCAAGACAUACAGAUUAGUGUUUAUGGACAUAGAAAUGCCAGGCAAAAAUGGAUUUUAAGCUUCUUAAGAAGUAAGUAAUUUUCUUAUUUAGAUAACUUAAUUACUGAAGGAACAAAAUUUAAAUGAAAGUUGUACAAUCACUAUGUAUUCAGCAUAUUCUGGGGAUGAAGAUGUUCUUAUAGCGAGUUAAUGUGGUAUGAAAGAACGUAUCUCUAAACCAACUGACAUUCAGAAAUUAGAAUAUCUUGUUAAAAAGUACCUACUAUGA